UUUCUAACUGCAGUCAGUAACAUAAACGUUUUUGUUGUUUCAAUUCGGUUUUUCUCUGCAGUAUUAAAUUUUCACCUUUUGUAAAAUCAGUACCUAAAUGUAUGAUUGGUUUCAAAAUUUGAAAUUAGCCCAGAUAACAGAAACAGCAUCAAAAGUUGUGUAAGUAAACAAAUUGCUUGAAGUAAUUCAUUUUUUUAUCACUGGUUACUGUCCCAAAAUGGCCAACUCGGCGAAUAAUAAAUUUCCUAAAAUCGGUCUCGGGACCUACAAAAUUGCCGGAGACACUGGAGUGAUUAUUAUCAAGCAAGCAAUCCAGCUCGGUUACCGAAUGUUUGAUACAGCGUUUGUCUAUGAAAACGAGCAUAUCAUAGGUCAAGCCAUUCGAGAAGCGAUUAGUGAGGGAACAGUCAGUCGCGAAGAGCUGACUGUAAUCUCCAAAUUGGGGCCCUGUCACCACCAUCCGGAUCGUGUCGAGCAGGGAUGUAGGCUAUCUUUGCUGCGAUUGGGAUUGGACUACAUUGACCUUUAUCUGUUGCACACUCCAGUAGCUUUGAAGUAUCGGAGCGAUGACGAGCUAAAACCGCUGGAUUCCGAUGGAAAAGUAGAGUUGGAUGAUGAAUUGAGCCCAUUGGACACUUGGUUGGCUUUGGAAAAAUGUGUGCAGAAAGGUUUGGUCCGAAUGAUAGGAGUCUCCAACUUCAAUCGGUCACAAUUGGAACAGAUAUUAAACGGAGGGAAUAUCCGUCCGACCGUAAACCAAGUGGAAUGUUCGUUGAAAUUUCAUCAAAAAGAGCUGCGAGAUUAUUGUUCAAAUGAAGGAAUAAAAUGUAUGGCCUUCACGCCUCUGGGUAAGCCGAAAGCCAACGAAAUGGAGAACUCAUUCUUGAAUUUGGAUGAGUUGCAAGUUAUUGCUAAAAAAUAUGGAAAAACUAGUGCACAAAUUGCUUUGCGAUAUUUGGUUGACUUAAAUGUCAUCCCGAUUCCCAAAUCUACCAACGAAGCAAGAUUGAAGCAAAACUUGGAAGCUUUAAAUUUCGAAUUGCAAAAAGAAGACAUGCAUAAAUUGGAUCAUCUAGUGGAGCAAAAAAGAUUGAUGACUUUAAACUGGCUAACACAUUCCAAACACUAUCCGUUCUAAAAUGUUUCGAAAUAAAAAUUCUCCUUAAA